AUGCCCAAAAGAGCAAUUAACAGCAGUGCUGUUCCAGCCGAAGGCCGACCAAAGCCUCUCCUGCUGAACACAUAUCAGAGCAUCAACACAACGGGAGUCUCUUCUUCUCGAGCUGUACUAUUGGCAGAACUGGUGAGCUGUGGUAAGCGAACCCUGGCACGCAUGCUGGUUAUCAUCGUCAGUCUUGGCUUUGGUAUUGUCAAGCCUCGGCUGGGACCCAUGCUGCACCGGACCGUGGCUACAGGCAUCCUUUAUUUCCUGUUGGCCGCCUCAGAGGCGUACCUGAGGGUUAUGAAGCCCAAGUCGGACCCGGCCAAUCAGAUGUUGGUUGCCAGUGUUCCCCUUGCUGUUCUCGACAGUGCAAUCUGUUGGUGGAUAUUCACCAGUCUCGUUCAGACUACACGCACGCUUCGCUUGAGAAGGAACUUGGUGAAGUUGAACCUGUACAGACACUUCACGAACACUCUCAUCUUCGCAGUGAUUGCAUCCGUCAUCUUCAUGCUGUACUCCAUCAAGGCUCAUUACCUCGUGAGCUGCUUCACAGCUUGGAAAGAGCUGUGGAUAGAUGAUGCAUACUGGAAGCUUCUGUUUUCAGUCAUCCUUCUGGUAAUCAUGAUCCUCUGGAGGCCGACCAACAACAACCAGAGAUAUGCCUUCACUCCUCUCCUAGACGCACCUGAGGAUGGUGAUGAUGAAGAAGAAGAAUAUUUUGUCAGUGAUGCAUAUGGAGUGAAAAUGAGGGGUGGCCUGAACUCAGGAGCCAGCUCUCCCAAACCCAAACUCUCAACCAAUUCAGCGGAGGAGGAUUUAAAAUGGGUGGAGGAAAACAUACCAACGUCUCUGGCAGACAGUACUUUGCCAAUUUUGGACUCGGACGAGGAGAUAAUGAACACAAAGUUCGAGCUGUCGAAGAUGCAGUAACUUUGGUCCAAUAUUGUGAUUGUGCUGUGUAAACAUUAGUUUUGAUUCCUAUACAAGACAGGAUUUGAUCUAAAUUUUUUUCACUUUCUGUAUGAAAGUUAAAAAAGGCCAUAGUGAACCUCUAUUGUAAAUGUACAGGAUAAGUACAGUAGUAUACAGGAUAUGUCCUUAUGAUCAUGUAGCGUCCUUUGUCAAAACUUGUUUGUACUUUAUUUCAUGUUAUGAUAAGUUUUGUACUAUGUAUGGUUUACAGUUUUGUUUGACUGUAUAAUUAGCAAUGACAGAACAGUUAGAAGUGUAACGAUCUUCCCUCUGGAUCUUAUUUAACGGAACUAAAAAUUAAAUUAUAACCUUACCUGUUCUAUUAAGUGACAAGAAAUUGGCUAAUUAACUAUUUGGUAAUGUAAGUGAUGUGAUAAUUAAAAUAUAUAAUCAAAAUACCUAGUAAAUGAUGCCUAGUAUUUAAAAAAAAGAAAUUAAUUUGUUACACAUUUAAUAGUGAUGUUUAGAAGAAGAACACUCAUUUUAAAGAAAAUUACAUUUUUAUUUCACAUAUUAAACUGUAUUAUAUGUUGGUGCAAUUAGUUAUCGUAGUGAAGUACCUUAAUUGAAUGUUUUGAAAUCAUACAUUUGUACAUAAGCUAUUUAUUUAUUGAAACAAUAAUAUACAAGUAUAUUGGGUUUUAACUUUUUUUUAGUUAAGAAAUUGUCGUUUUACACAAAUUAAACUUCCGAAUUUUUUAAGACCUAGGACAUUGUAAUGAAUUUAUAUUAUUCAUAUUAAUAAUCUAAUUCAUAUCAACAAUGCCUAAUGGAUUCCAAAAGACUCCAAUCACUAAAUGUUGGUUAAGAUUACUAGAUUAACUAAUUAUUAAUUUUGUUAUGUUUUGCAUUAUAUUCAGAAUAUUUGUUUAUUUGUGACUUGCUUUUGUCAUCUCACUGCUUUCUAGUCUCGCAAAUGAUUUUGUAGUCUAAUGGUGGACUCGAGUACUGUCAUUUUCACUCGAGCAUGUUUGAAUCGUUUGGACGCAACGUAGUCGCAGCCUAAAGAUAGCUGCCUGGUUUGUGUAUAUUAGAGAAUUGAAUUAAAUGUUAUGAUGUAUCAAGUUUUGGAGGAUUUGUGUUGUUUAUACUUGUUCAUUGACGACAAAGUUUUGUUUGCUGUUUAUCUCUUGAUAGUUGAGCGAAUAAGAAAAUAAUUGAAUUAUACAUUUAUAUUUUCAACCUGUAAUUGGCAUAAAAAAUAUUUUUAAAUGAAGUGGAUAAAUGUUUGCUCUAAAAAAUAAACUUGAAUAGUAUAUAAAAAAAUCACCGAAAAGGGGAAAAGUACUCUAUGUUGGGUGAUCUCAGCACAGACUAUACUUUGUGGUUUAGUGUCACUGUGAACCAGAUCUUGUGAUGGUGAACACAUUCACUAUGUGAAGUAAGAUGACGUGCAACCGCAAAAUGUGAACAAAGUUUUAAUUGUGUUACUCACCCAAAAAUGACUUCUGGAUGUCAGUAAUGUUGGUUGAAGGUGCCCAAGAACCCUUGUGUACAUGAAUUGUGACUUCAUUUCCAGCGCUGGAAUAGCAGCCCACCGGUGCCGGGUCUUCAUCCAGUCCGUGCUCAAUAUUUUGCUGGUUUUUCAGCCCCCUGCCUCCACUGGCACCCACGAAUCAGUCCCCCCCUUUCCCUCCAACAAUAUCUGUUCCCACACAGUGAUCAAACAUGUCAUCAUCAGAACUGUCUGAUUCUUGUCCAUCAGAAAACAGGCGUUUAAUGAGUUCAUUUUUUUCCAUUGGACUUAACCAAGAUGGCAAUCCAAGAACGGUUUGUGUAAAAGAAACAGUGGAACUAGCUCUACACACGGUAAGCAGCACAACCUUCACCUCCCGUACUGGCCUCACGCCCGUGAGGCAAUGAGUUAGGGUGGAGUGGGGGCGCUGAUUUAGCAGUCAACCACAUUGCGCUAAAUCAAACAAAAGCACCGUACUACAAAAGCAACCUGCCGCAGAAAAUUUAGUUACGUGUUAAAUGUUUUGAUUGAAGUUGGAGGGCUUUUUCUUGAUGAAUUGGUUGCAUCAAUUUUGUUUAUUGAAAUUUAUUACUAAAAAUUGGUAAAUCACUGCAUUCAGCAGCAUUUCACAUCAAUAUUACUAUGCAAUAACCCUUAAAAACAGUAUUUGGUUUUUGAAUUAUGGUUGUAUAUUGUUUUGGGGAAGAAAGUUCCAAAUUUUAGUAGCUUAAAUUUAGUUGUUGAGAAAGAGACAAUACUGUUGAAACUUCGGUUUCAUAUCUGUUCUUAUCUUCUUGUAAAACAUUCAUCAAUUCAUUUUUCUGUUUAAAAUUCAGUUUUACUUAGUUUUUAAAAGUUAAUUUUAUUGUGUUUUGGUCAUAUAAACAUAUAUUAAUUAACGAUUAUAAAUUAGCAUUUUAUGCCAAGAUUAACUUUAGAAAAAUAUUCUGUAGACAAUAACACGUAUCUUGCCUUAUUUGUUUGAAUGCUUUCUUAGAUCAUUGCACAAGGAUUGGGUAGAGAAACUUUGCAGGGAAUAAAAUUUAUUUUGAUGUACUGAUUUAGCUAUCCUGUGCAAGCCUACACCUGUAUAACAAAUAAAACUAGACCCAGCGUACAAACUGAGUCCAGACGAUAAAACAUCUCGAUUGAAUCUGACGCCAACCCACCAGAGCUUGUGUCUAGAAUUUAGUCAUUUCCAAUUGAGAUUUUAUUUUUAUCCAAUUUACAGUUUCUAUUAGAUACUUAAUUUAAAUAAACAUUGUAUGUAAAUAGUAGUAAGCUUUGUAGGUUUAGAGAAGAGAUUAUGUAUUGAAGCUGAAUAUUGAUUUUCUAGUAGAAUUUAUUAUUAAAUUAUGACCAUAAAAUGUAUAACACCAAGUAUACAGAUGGUAUCUAAAUAGUUUAAUUGUUUCUUGUUAAUAUAAAAAUUAUGACUCCUGUUAGUUUUAUGCUAUGUUGAAGUAUUUAUUUAAUGUGCUUGUGGACGUACUUAAUAAUUUUUGGAGGUGAAAACAAUAAAUAACGUAAUGUAUCGGUUAAUUAUACUUAUAAAUACUUUAUUCUAUGUUUUAAUCACUACAAGCUAUUAAAGGGUUGAAGAUAGGUUUUGGGAUAAAAAGAGAACUAAACUAUAACUUGGGUUGAAACAUUGUGAAUAUUAGAUUAAGACGUAAUAAUACGGGAAAUUCUUACAUAAUAAUUAGAAAGUUUUAAUAUAUUUGCUGCUUGUAAAGAAAGAAAAGUGAUCAUAAUAUAAUUUAUAUCUUGAUAUAUACAACAGUCAAUCAGCUGUUGAUCAAUGCAAAUGCUGUGCAGGAAGUAUAGUCAUGUAACAUACAGUUGUGCAUAAUGUCCCUUUCAUAAAUUACACAUUUUUCAAUGCAUUUCUGCAAUUUUUAAAAUUUGUUUUCUAUACAUUGGAAAGCAAUACCAGCACAUGCCUCACAGAGAGCAAUUUUCCUAUUACAGUAACAAAACUGUCUUAAAACAUUUUAAAGCAAUUUUCCUUAUAACGAUGUGCAAUGUGGUGUCACCGUCUUCAAGUACUAAAAAGAAAUUUAAUUACUCUCAAAACAGCUUUUGUAUUUUCAAGUGCCAACCAGUUCAUGGAUUCUGCUAGUAUUUUUUCUGGUUUGAUGGAAACAUUGGUUUUAGCCUGGGGUGUUAGUGGCUGGAGAAUGUUGUGUUCAUAUUCAUAUUUAACUCCAUCAGCAAGACUAUGUGGUUGCCACUAAUACAUAUCCUACUAAUCCAAAAGUCUGUAGGCUGACCACAUCCAGAUUAAAAAUAAAUCACAAAAAAUGAUUUCAGAGUCCAAAAGAGUUUUUCGUUCAGUUGGUGAAUUUCAGUAAAAUUAUCUUUUGUAUUUCAAAACUUCUGUUAUAAUUGUUGUAAACGAUAGAGAGCGUAAAGGCUAAUUAAGUGGUGAUUUUCAAAUGACCGGCAACAACAAUAUAUUGAUGUAAAAUUAUAUUUUAUAGAAAAUUGAAGAUUGGUAGAGUCAGUAUGAUUUAGAAGAAUUUGUUCAUUUUUAAUGUUCCUUUGAUAGUGAGAACAAGGCACUUAUGUAAAUAACUAACAUGUACGUUUUCCGGUCCAUACCACAUCAAAACAUAGCUUAAGGCGAUCCCACACUGUUAACAAAUAUGCCAGAACAUUCAUAUUGAUAAAGAAUAUUCAGCGAAGUGUGGGAACCUUCUUCAGUUGACUGUUACGAGUUUGAAGGGAGUUGGUUUCUCUGUUGGAGCAGUCAUUUUAACCAUUAUAAAAGAAAGUGAAUGUUGGUCAAAUUGAAAUUAAACAAAUUUUUGAGUGGCUCCCAAAUUCUUUUCAAGCGAAUGACAGAUCAUUCAGCAGUGUGGGUCUCGCACAAGCAGUUCAGCGUACAACCUACCUGCUGAUAUUUUCAAGUAAGUACAGCAUGUUUUUAUUAAGCAAUGUUUCGACGCUGUGCUAACCAGAAAAAUUAGAUGUCAGUUAUUUACUCCAGCCUUGUGACUAAAAACUAGGAUUACUUUUGUAAUUGUCAGAAUUUAGUCAUAUGUAUUUCAGAAUUGAUAAAACAGUCUUAGGAACUAUUACUUCUAUCUCAUAGCACAUUCUCCUCCCUAUUAUUGGAUUAUUAACUCUGGAAACAUAUAAAAAUCAAAAUAGCUCUAAUAACCCUGGUUAUGACACAAAAGGAAAAAGUGUCCAGAGUAAAAUACAAGUUCAGGACUGUAAAGUUGUUUUGUGCUGAAUAUUAUAAGCGUAAUUGUGCACUUUUAUACUUUCCCCUUUUUUCAUUUUCCCUUGUGUUUCCACAGAAAAAUCUAGUAAGAAAGUCCACCAUAUUGAGAACAUAAAACUUAGAAUGUAUUACGGUACAUCACAGCAAAUUUGUAAAAAUAUUAGUAUUAAUUAACUUGUGUAAUAUAUAAUAAGAAAACUGGAAAACUGACAUGUUAUUUGUCAAAAUUGCUUAUUUUCCUUUAUUCAGCAAAAAUAAACCUAAGUAUAGUAUGUACAGAUUAUGUUUUCACCACUGUAAUUUCUUAAUGGAUGAAGUAUUUUUAUUAGUAUUUAGUUCCUGUUAGUUUAACAGUAUUCAAAAGCAUAAUAUUUAAUUCAAGAAAAUAUCUUGCUACUAAAUGAGACCCAAGAAACAACAAACUCGGGCAAAUUUCAAAACCAUAUCUGUUUGUUUCCGUUCUUUAUAGUUGUUGUGUUAAUAUUGAGUGCAUUAUUGGUCUGAUAAUUUAUGAAAAAUGUUUUUUUAUGAGUUACAAACAUAAUUCAUGUGUAAUGCACAAACCUACAGACAAAAUAGACAGAUCUACGGACGAAACUAAUAUUUUGUAGUUCUAUCAAUAUUGUUUGAAUCUUGUUGAUUGUAUCUGCUUUUUGUACAUAAUCACAACAAAUGCAUUUUAUGUUUCCUUUUUCUGUAAUAAAAUAUAACAUGACAAAAGAAGUAA